AUGGCUCGCGGGGUCCCAAAGCAGAAGACGGGGCGGCGGCAGCGGCAGCGGCUCGAGUGGCAGCCCGCCGUGCCGCACCUGAUCCCCGGCGGCGCCGAGUACCGCCCCGGCGCCGUCCGCGAGUACCUCGACGCGCUCGCGUCGGACAGAAAGAAAUCCUCCCUCGAGAUCCUCACGAACGUCCGCAAGCACCUCCUCUACUCCGGUUGGAAAAUCGACUUCGUUCUCGCCGGCGAGCUGAUCAAGCUCCGCUACUCCUCCCCCGCCGGAAAAUCCUUCUACUCCCUUCCGCAGGUCUGCGCCUCCUUCAUCGACACCCGCUCGUCCAAAACCCCGAUUUCCUCUCCCUUCUCCGAAGUUUCCAGUACUAAAUCGCCCGAGUUUUUCAAACCGGGCGACGAGGUCACGAUCGAACCCGAAUAUUGCCCUGAGGCCGUCUCUGAUUACUGCUCGAAUAGCAGUGAAAUGGGGUGGAAGCCCGGAGCCAUGAAAGCUAAGCAGCACUUAUCAGCUCUCGGGUGGUCUUUUUAUUACACGCUGAAAGGAGGAGGUACGAAGAGGGAACUACGGUACAGCUCGCCAAACGGUCGAGUCUUUAGUUCUCUCCUCACGGCAUGUAAAUGGUGCGUUGGGGCUAAUGCCGUGACUUUAGACGAUGUAAUAGGCAAAAUGGGCGAACGUGAACUCCCGAGUAUGCUGAACGAGCCCUUGGAAAGUGAAAGUGGUGUUGUGAAGAAGAGAGGAAGGAAAAGGAAAUCGUGUGUGAGUGUGACGAGUAAGAGAGUUCGGGAUUUAGUCCCUUCUUCUUCCUGUAAUCAAAAUCCUCGAACUGUGUUAUCUUGGUUGAUUGAUAGUGGAGUGGUUUUGCCUCGAGCUAGAGUCGAGUAUCGUGCGAAAAAUGGUCUGGCUAUGGCAGUCGGACAAAUCGGUCAUGUGGGGAUCGAGUGCAGCUGUUGUGGGGUAAUUUUCACCCUCACGAAAUUCGAGGCGCAUGCCGGAAGCACAAAUCACAGGCCAUCGGCGAAUAUAUUCUUGGAGGAUGGACGGUCCUUGAUGGAGUGCCAGCAAGAACUGAGACGAGUUAGUGGCUCGACGGGUUUGAGAUCAGGAAGAUUGAGGACGAAUAGCGUCGAGACAAGUGGCAGCGAAUGGACAAAUGACGACUUUUGCUCCGUUUGCCGCGAUGGAGGCGAAUUAGUAUUGUGCGAUCGGUGCCCUUCCGCUUUUCAUACCGAGUGCCUUGGUCUACAGGAGGUUCCAGAUGGAGAUUGGUUCUGUCCGUCUUGUUGUUGUCGAAUUUGUGGUUUGAGCACGUUUGAAGGAGAGAUUGGAAAGGAAAUAGUUGAUGCUGUCUUGUUUCGUGCGCGCGCUCUAAUUUNAGAUCAUGAGGAAUGCCUCAGAAAUAAAGGUGUUAAGAGCUGUUAUUCUGGAGUAAGUUGGUUCUGUGAAGAUACAUGUAAACAGAUAUUUUGUGGUCUGCGUGAGAUUUUGGGGAAGCCGGUUGCUGUGGGGACUGACAAUAUGACUUGGACCUUAUUGAAAUACGUUAAGUCUUCUGAUCCUCACGAUCCAUGUGCCGUAUAUGAUGAGGAAGGUUUAUUGGAAGUUUAUGGAAAGCUUAAUGUUGUUCUUGGUGUUAUGCACGAAUGUUUCGAGCCUCUCAAAGCAGCUGGCACCAGAAGGGAUUUAGUCGAAGAUGUUAUUUUCAGCAAAUGGUCCAGGAGCAGCCGGAGUAACUUUCAAGGGUUUUAUACAAUAGUAUUGGAGAAGAAUGAUGAAUUGAUUUCAGCAGCUACCGUGAGAAUAUAUGGCAAGAGAGUGGCAGAAGUUCCUCUUGUGGCCACAAGGUUUCGAUAUCGUCGACUCGGAAUGUGCCGGAUUUUGAUGGAUGAACUUGAGAAGAAACUCGUGGAAUUGGGAGUGGAGAGGCUCGUUUUGCCGGCUGUUCCUAGCGCAAUCAGCACUUGGACUAAUUCAUUCGGAUUUUCCGAGAUGAACGAGUCAGAGAGAUUGAAGUUUCUUGCAUGCACUUUCUUGGAAUUCCAAGGAACAGUACUUUGCCAGAAAAUUCUAACGGGCAAUCCUUCAUCAGUAUCGAGCCACCAAUUGACGGGAAAAGAGGUCGAAAGCUGUUGUUAUCAGGUGAAUGGAAAUGGAAAGUCUGAAGUUAUUCAAGAGGAAAAUCAAGUGGAGGAAACUGACUUUAUAGGCCAAGAUUCUACAUGGUGGAUAGACGAGCUUCUCAUGACUUCUUGA